AUGGCUUCGAACAAUCAGAUGCUUGCCGUUGCGGCGGUGAUCGCCGUCGCCUUCCUACCCCUCUUCUCCUCGGCCAGCGUUCACCUCGUCGGCGACGAGGAAGGCUGGACCCUCGGAUUCAACUACACCGCCUGGUCCGAGAGCAAUCAGUUCAUGGUUGGCGAAGCACUAGCGUUCGACUACGACAAGGCAAACCACAACGUGGUUGAGGUGACCGGAGCGGGAUUCAAGGCGUGCAGCGCCGCCAAUCCCCUCGGCACCUGGAGCUCCGGCCGCGAUCUGGUGAAGCUGGAGAACCCGGGGAGGAGGUGGUUCAUCUGCGCCGUCGGCAACCACUGCCAGAUGGGCAUGAAGCUCAAUGUCACCAUCCUCGCGGCGGAGGCGCCUUCCCCUGCCCCUGCACAAGCUUUCUGGACGGCGCCUUCGCCUUCUCCCCAUCACAAGUCCAGGCGCCCCUUCGUUUCCAAGUGGUGA